CCUCCCUCCCUCCCUCCCUCCCGCAGCACCGGGCAUGGUGUGCUGCAGAGCCGCGGGUCAGGCGCCCGCAGCCUCCGCCGCUUCUCCUCCACCCUGAGGUCCGCGGGGGAAUAAAAAAGAGAGGGGAAAAAGGUUUUUUUUGUUUUCCGCAGCUCCCGGGCACGGCGGCGUUGGGAGCAGCUCCCGGGACCGAGCAGGGAUCAGGCCAGGGCGUGAUGGAGCUGCGGCGCGGCAGGAGGAUGCCGAGGGACCAGCUCCCUGCUCGCCUCCUCCUCCUCCUCCUCGCCGUGGCCUGGCUCUGGCAGCCGGCGGAGGGGCGGCGGCCCCCCCGGCCUCCCCCUUGCCCCCCGAGCUGCUCCUGCACCCGGGACACGGCUUUUUGCGUGGACUCCAAGGCCGUGCCCAAAAACCUGCCCCCCGAGAUCAUCUCGCUGACCAUGGUGAACGCGGCCUUCACGGAGAUCCGCGAGGCGGCUUUCGCCCACAUCCCCUCCCUGCAGUUCCUCCUCCUCAACUCCAACAAGUUCACGCUGAUCGGGGACAACGCCUUCGCCGGGCUCUCGCACCUGCAGUACCUGUUCAUUGAGAACAACGACAUCCAGGCCCUUUCAAAGGCCACGUUCCGCGGGCUCAAGUCCCUGACGCACCUGUCCUUGGCCAACAACAACCUGCAGACGCUGCCACGGGACCUCUUCAAGCCUCUGGACAUCCUGAGUGACCUGGACCUCCGUGGCAACACGCUGGCCUGUGACUGCAAGAUCAAGUGGCUGGUGGAGUGGCUGGAGAGCACCAACACCACGGUCCCCGCCGUGUUCUGCAGCAGCCCCGGGCAGUUCGAGGGACAGCGGAUCCGGGACCUGGCGCUCGGUGACUUCCAGUGCAUCACCACGGAUUUCGUGAUGCACCAGGUCCUGCCCUUCCAGGCGGUGUCGGCCGAGCCCUUCACCUACGCCAGCGACCUGUACGUGGCCCUGGCACAGCCGAGCGCCAGCAGCUGCUCCAUCCUCAAGUGGGACUACGUGGAGCGCAAACUGCGCGACUUCGACCGCAUCCCCGCUCACUCGGCGGUGCACUGCAAGCCCAUCGUGGCGCAGGAGCAGCUCUACGUGGUGGUGGCGCAGCUCUUUGGUGGCUCCUACAUCUACCGCUGGGACACGGCUGUGGACAAGUUCAUCAAGAUCCAGGACAUCGACAGCCAGAAGAUCCGCAAGCCCAACGACAUCGAGGCCUUCCAGAUCGAGGGCGACUGGUACUUCGUCAUCGCCGACAGCUCCAAGGCGGGCUCCACCAGCCUCUACCGCCUCAACCAGAACGGGUUUUACUCCCACCAAGCCCUCCACGCCUGGCACCGCGACACCGACGUGGAAUACGUGGAGAACGACGGCAAACCGCGGCUGAUCAUCUCCAGCAGCUCCCAGGCCCCCGUCAUCUACCAGUGGAGCCGGGCGCAGAAGCAAUUCGUGCCGCAGGGCGAGGUGGGCGAGAUGCUGGACGUGCAGAUGGUCAAGCACUUCAGGGCCAAGCGGGACCAGUUCCUCUGCCUCAGCCGCUACAUCGGCGACUCCAAGGUGGUGCGGUGGGAAGGGCAGCGCUUCGUGGAGGUGCAGACGCUGCCGUCGCGCGGCUCCAUGGUGAUGCAGCCCUUCGCCGUGGGGCAGCGGCAGUACCUGGCGCUGGGCAGCGACUUCUCCUUCACCCACGUGUACCUGUGGGAAGAGGAGAAGCAGAAGUUCGCCAAGUUCCAGGAGCUGUCGGUGCAGGCGCCGCGGGCGUUCCGGGCGGUGCCGGCGGCCGACGUGCAGCUGCUGCUGGCGCCCAGCUUCAAGGCCAACACGCUGGUGUACCGGCACGUGGUGGUGGACCUCAGCCUGUAGCUGGCACCCGGAGAGCCACCGGGCAUGCAUGUGCCCACCACCCCUCGCCCCACCCCUUGUCCCAGCCCUCCACCUUCACCCAGCCCCGC